UACUGUCACGUGACCAAGCUAGGCUAAGAGUCGUAUGUUUUGCAGUGGAAAUUCAUAUAUGCGAUCCGUGAACUUUUUUAUUUCCGCUUUAAAAUUAGAUUUUUUUUUCACGCUAUUCAAAUGAAUUUAGGAUGUAAACGCUGCGUAAAGUGAGAGGAAAAUAAGAGCAUUCACUGUGGACGGAGCAGACCGACACACUGUUCUCUGUGCUUUCAGAGUGCAUCCCCGGAACCCUGGACCUGAAGAAUUUUGUAUUUGCAUUUUCAUUUUAAAUUCUAAUCAGGAUAAAUAGUUAUACAGCUAUUGUCGGAACUGGAUGAAAAUAGAAAUAGAUUGGAAAUGAAUCCACUUUCACCCUGUUUCCCAUUAGAUGGAUAAAAUAAAUGACAGUUCUCAAGUGAGGGAUUGCCUCACACAUACAGAUGUGGCCAAGGAAAACAAAGCAGAUUCAAAUCAACAGAUUCAACACACAGACGCAGCAGAGGAAAGCAAAGCAGAUUGCAGCCAAGAGAACAUGGGUGGAUUAAACACGAAAAGAAGACAUAGUCAGUCCUACAAAACUGAAGCUGAUGACCAGAAGCAAAAAACGGGUGCUGAGGCACAAUCAAGCGAUCCAUGGGGUGAAGGAAAGCUGAAGAAGGAACCUGAGUGCCACAUGCAGCUGGACAAACUGUUCCCAAACCAAAAUCACACAGUGCUUAUAGAUACAAAUGAAUUUAUGGCUGGAAGAAUAGUUCCACAUAAGGGACAGCAUGUUUGGAAUAGCCAUUUUGUGAAAUUACCCCACAAUUAUCCACUGCAAAAUGGCAUUGAGUCUCGCUGGGCAGUCACAGAAAAAGCACUUAAAGAGAGAAAGCUUACUAGAGGUGCUUCAGCCAAAGAUGUAGAGAUGGCCAUUAAAACUUACAAUCACAAGCACAAGACUGACUGGAGGUUCAAUACUCUUUACAGAUUUUAUGAGAGUGGAUCAAGGAGCUAUUUUUCCUCUGUGAUCUCAAAAAUAGCCCAGCUGGCAUUAACACUGCCUUCCCUUGUUCAAACGAAAAUCCCUAUGCUGAGACAGAACCAAUCCCAUGCCAUAACGAUGUCCCAGGAACAGAUCGCCUGCCUGCUGGCCAAUGCAUUUUUUUGCACCUUUCCCCACAGGAACACAACGCAGCCGGGUAGUGAAUACAGCAAUUUCCCCACCAUCAACUUCAGCAGCCUUUUGUCUAAUGCAUCUCCACGGACGCUUCAGAAGCUGAAAGCCAUUUUUUACUACUUCAACACUGUAACUGAAGAGGCCACCAAACCAAAAGGACUGGUCACCUUCGAAAGAAUUUGCCUUUCACAAUCUGAAUUCCCAAAUUGGAGCAAGCAGAAAGAAAAUAUGACGAACCUCCAUGUGUAUUUGAACGGCUUUAUUGAAAAAGAGGGUCAAGGAAUGCUGCAGGUGGAUUUUGCUUCCAACAUGAUCGGUGGAGGAGUGCUCAAUCAAGGAUUGGUGCAGGAAGAGAUUCGCUUCAUACAGUGCCCUGAACUGAUCGUAGCCAGACUCUUUACUGAAAAACUAGGAGACAAUGAAUGCUUAAAGAUCACAGGUGCCCAGGUAUACAGCAAUACCACCGGCUACAGCGAUAGCUUUCAGUGUAACAGCCCCCAUACAGACAGCACCCAAAGAGAUGAAUGGAAACGGCGUUACUGUCAGAUUGUUGCCAUUGAUGCUAUAAAAUUUGAUGACCCAAGACAGCAGUACAGUGAGAAAAACAUAAAACGAGAGCUGCUCAAGGCGUACGUCGGUUUCAAAGGAGAUCCUCAAAUUCCUACUGAUUACACUCCUGCAAUUGCAACUGGUAACUGGGGAUGUGGAGCUUUUAAAGGUGAUCCAAUGCUUAAAGCUCUUAUCCAGAUGAUGGCUGCAGCUGUGGCUCACCGAGACUUGGCCUACUUCACCUUCGGCAAUAAGAAGCAGGCAGAGGAUCUGAAGAGAACGUACAAGCUACUGAAGAGUCACAAGGUGACUGUGGGCAAGUUAUACAACCUGCUGCUGGACUACUGUAAGCAUCAUCAUCAUCAUCAUCAUCAUGUGAAGAGUGUGUCUGACUACAUCAGUGAGAAAAUGGGUGUUCACCCAAGCCAGCUGUGAAAACCAUCAGUUCUUAGGAAGCAAUAUAUUAAAUCAAUACUGUCUUUCUCCUAAUGAAAAAAAAAUGUUAUACCAAACUUGGUUUCAGGGUUUACAUUUAACCGCAGUUUAAACUUACCGGUAAAUAUUUUUUUUCUUUGGUGUGAAGCACUGUAUAUGUUUUAAGGGGGUUUUCAAAUAAUCAGAGUAGAUAAAUCUUUUAAUAAGUAAUGCAGUGUUUUUUCUUUUUGUACAUCUAAUUAAAAAUGUGUUUAAUUGCAACACUGUGUACAUAUAAUCCGGGAAACAAAAUAAAAGAAAAUCAACAAAACCAA